AUGACCUCCUCCAAGACCGCCGAGGAGGCAAUAUCCCCUCAGAUUAUACCACAAAUAGACACCAUUCCCGUUGAGCGCGAUGAGACACAAAAUCCCAACGAUGUCUUUUGGGAUGGCGACGACGAUCGAUCAAAUCCCAAGAACUGGACCGUCGUCUACCGGUGGUCUCACAUUGUCAUUAUCUCUCUUGUGACAUUUAUCACGUCACUCGGCUCGUCCAUGUUAGCUCCCGCAGUUCCAGAAGUUAUGAAAACGCUUCACUCCGAUAACUCGGAGUUAGAGUCAUUCGUGGUCUCAAUAUAUGUCAUUGGAUUCGCAGUCGGGCCUCUACUGGUUGCGCCGCUGUCGGAACUUUAUGGGCGUGCAAUUGUUUACAAUGUGUCCAAUGUGAUCUUCCUCAGUGCGACGAUUGGAUGCGCCCUGAGCACCAAUGUAGGCAUGUUUCUUGCGUUUCGUUUAAUAUGUGGUUGUGCAGGAGCUACUCCUCUUGCUCUAGGCGGAGGUUCGAUCAGUGACCUGAUGGAGCCUGAGCGGAUGGGAACUGCAAUGGCGAUCUGGGGCCUGGGUUCGCUGGCACCACCGGUUUUCUCGCCCAUUGCUGGUGGGUACUUAGGCCAAUAUAUGGGCUGGAGAUGGAUCUUUUGGGUGAUUGCCAUUCCAAUGGGCAUUCUAACAGUCAUAUUCCCUUUCCUCAUCAGAGAGACCUACGCUCCUGUCCUGUUGGAGCGCAAAGCGAAGCAUCUACGCGAAGAAACGGGCAACCCUCAUCUGAAAUCACGGCUUGAUAGGCAACUCUCCCAGAAAAGACUUCUUCUUGACACGUUCAUUCGGCCUCCUCGAAUACUGUUCACAUCGCAUAUUGUGACCUUAUUGGCAAUAGACACGGCCAUAGUUUAUGGGUACCAGUACCUAGUCUUUACAACGCUAUCAUACAUCUUUCAAGACCAGUACCACCUAUCAACGGGUCUCUCAGGGCUUGUCUACUUGGGCAGUGGAAUCGGAACAAUCCUGGGAAUUUUCAUCAUCGGAUUCGCAUCCGACAAAGUCACCGAGCGAAGAAAAGCAAAAGCUUUGGAUCCCAAUGAACCCCUCCCACCAGAAAGCUGGCUCUGGCCUAUGAUCCCAUCGAGCUUUUUAGUUCCCGCUGGUCUAUUCUGGUACGGCUGGUCAUUGCAGGAGAAUGCAUUUCCUGUAGUUCCCCUGGUCGGACUAGGUGUAUUCGGAUUCGCCAUGAUGGGUAUUUUCCAGCCGGUGCAAAUUUACGUGGUGAAUGCAUUUGACAAACAGGCCGCCUCCGGCAUGGCAGCAACUACCGUGCUACGAAGUAUAGUAGGUGCUUUGUUGCCUCUCGGAGGGCAAAAAAUGUAUGAUGCUCUGGGCAUGGGGUGGGGAAAUAGCUUACUUGCAUUCAUUUCGGUGGGACUCAUCCCGGUUCCGUUUCUCAUGAUGAAGUAUGGAGCGAGACUCAGGAGAAGCGAUCCAAACUUGAGGUAA